AUGUCUCUUAAGCGCAAAGCUUCGUUCACAGCCCUUCCGAACAGUCCUUUGGUUCCGGCCCCCAGCGAAUGGAAUAUGGCAUUGGAUGGAAACACCCACCUACACAGUCGAACUCGCAAGCGCUUCAGAGAUGACCGCCCUUGUGAAAACGUCAUCUACCAGAACACCUUACGAUGGAUUUACUCUGCUCAAAAGCAACAGCAGCCUCAAGCGACCACAGAAAAUGAUACAAUGGACUCCGAGCCAACUAUUGAGCCCGAGGUUGUCGAUCCCCGCCAACAAACGUUACACCACUUCUUCAAAACACCCCAGCAAUCGCCAACUUUCCGGCCAUCCCGCCAGGCUCUCGCUCCUCGUGCCAACGAAACAGCUUUGGCGGAAGAAGAGAGCUUGCGGUACCGGGCGUUUAAUCAAUUGAAUGGGGCAGGCAGCGCAAGCGCAAGUGAAGGUAACAGCCCUGGGUACACCCAGACCUGUGCUGAUGGGGAUAUGGAUAUGGAUAUGGACGUGGACUGUGCGAGUGGAAGUGAUAUGUCCAAUCAGACACCCAACACUUGGAUGAGUGGAACGGCGUGGGCGUAG